AUGCGCGUCACUCUGUUCGUACUUAUCGCGGUAGCGUGCGCGUUCGCCGAAAGCAAUCAUAAUAGGCGAACAAAACUACCGUACAUAGCAGAUGCUGUUGGUAACAGUCUUCCACCACCUUCGAGUGUGCCAGCUACUGUAGGGAGUCCAGUAAACUUGCUUACACCAGAUCGAUAUGAAUUCUAUACCUUUGAUGAGUCCGGUGAACUGGUUAAAAGACUAAUGACAUUGGAAGAAAUACAGGCUAUAGUUGCGGCUGGCGAAGAGACAGAUGGCUUAGUCACUUUUGCUAAUGAUAAUCAACCUACAGUAGCUUUCAAUUUUAGUCAACCAUCACAUACAAAAGUACAUAGCGUAGUGACUAACGUACAAAAUGUUCUUAAAUCGCAAAUGGAAGCACAUAAGAAUAGGCCUAACAUACAACCGACCUUCGAUACUCCAGAUGUUUCUGAUUCCUGGAGCCUUAUAUUACCCUCUAUAUUUGGUAACACUGGAGUUGAUAUAGUACCCGAUAAAACAUCUGGGUCUUUUAUUACACCUGAGACAGAAACUAUCGAUAUAGAUAAUUUAAAUAUGGACUAUGAAAAUUCACAAAGUAAAGAAAGUAAUGAAAUUCCAACUAUUUCUACAUCCGAAGAUACAAACAAAAAUAAUGAUAUCAACAAGAUGCCAGGAACUGAAUUGUCUUAUUCUUCUACUGAAUCUGUAACAACAGAAUUACCUGUGUCUCCUACAACAAUAUCACAACCAUCGACAACUUUGAGAUUAGCUACCACUACGUCUAAACAGUUUCUACGAAAAACAACUGGUAUCCCUACUGUUACAACUACCACAAGUAAGCCUAAAUUAUCAAGUACAAUGACUACUGUUCGACCAUCAUCUACAAUGUCAGUUACAUCUAUGAAAUCAACUAUGAAUUCAACUUCUAAACCUACAAUUAACGACUUUAAAAAUAAGAGUAAUGUUUCACAUCAGUCAGAGGUAAUUUCACAUAGACCUUCAACAGUAAAUUUUAUUCAAUAUGAGACAAUAAGCACUUUUUCACCUAUUUCCAUGGGAGCAUACGUAACAGAAAAAACAAAACUGACAAACGAUGAACAAAACAAUUUAUCGCAUAAAAAUAUGUCAGCUCAUGCAACAACAAGCUCAUCAUCACCAACUGAGAAUAUAGAUAAGAAUGACGAACAUAUUUCAACAACGAUUGUAACUUAUUCGAUUUUGGAUUCAACAACAACCACAUUAAAAGGUUUAAUACCUACACAAGAUAAUCUAAUCCAAAAUAAUAAUCAAAUAAGUAGUGAAUCACAGGGAACAGAUAAUAUAAAAGAGGAAAAUCUAACAUCGUUACCGUUAUUUGAUGUGGCUCAAAGUAUAAGCCAAAUAGCUUCUAAUUUAGGUAACAAUUUCGUUCCUAUUCCUACUUCUAAUAGCUUAUUAGAUACAACGAAAGUAAACAACGUUGAUAUAGAAAGUAAAGAAAAUGUAGAAAUAGAAAUGCCGACUGGAAGUGGAAACGGAAAUGAGAUAAAAACUACUGAACCCGAAAAUUUUGUAAAAAUAUCAACUUUUGAUCCUCAGAUGAAUAAUGAAAUGAAAAAAGAAGAAGUUUUAGAUGUAAAAGAAGUACAGACUACCUCUUUACCAUCAACUGCAAUAAUAGAACAAACUUCAACCAGUACUGGUAUGAUGGACCCUAUUUUAACGGAUUCGAUGGGUGAUUUACUAUCACAAGUCGCACAAAAUAUUCCAGAUCCAACAUCAAUAAUAUUUAAUGAAAAUAGUACAACAUCGAAUGAACUUGUUCAACAAACUGAAGAAAAUAUAUACUCUAAUAAUGAAACAUUAAGUGUAGUUACGACGACUUCUAGAAUAAUUGUAGACCCUCCAGUAGUUGUGUCAACCACAAAUAAAGUACCCCUGGAAGAGAAUAUUAAUGAGAAAAUACCCACAAUAAAAGAUGUUAUGGAGAAUUUGUCAACUAAAGCAAAAAAUGUAACAAAAAUGUCAAGUAACAAAAAUAUUGACGAUAUAAAAUACGAAUCAGAUUUAAAAAAAUAUAAUUUUAGCAAUGAGAAGAAUGGUACCCAUAUGGUAAAUAUAAAUCAUAAAAACUCAAACAAUACACAAGAAAAAAACAAAACUGUAUUAGAUCAUAAUAACAAUACGACAAUAGGAUCAAUAAACUCUAUUUUAACACUGGGCAACAAGGUUACCUUGUCGACAUUUAUUGAUUCGACUACUGAAAGUAAUAUUGUUGCAUCGGCUGCACCAGACAUAACCACGGUUCAGCAAAAUAAUAAAGUAAGCAAUAAAUUACAAAAAAUAGAAACAGAAACUCCUAAAUUUGAUGAAUUCAAAAAGAAAAUACAAAAAGUUAAUAUUGACGAAAAAGAGCUUGCUAAUGAAAGGAAUAAUUCAUGGAAACUUAUAUCGACUGUUACUCCGCCUAAGAUAUAUGAGCCUGGUAAAGAUAAACACAAAGUAGAGGGAUUUUACAUUCCCGAUAGUAAUGAUCAUAAGGAUAUAAUUUUGGAAUUUCCUAAAGAAAAUCAAGGAUUAGAGGUUACCACUAAAGAUCUAGGAGAAGAUGUACUUCAAUUUACCGAACUUUGCAAUGAACUUGCUUUCAAAUAUUGGAGUAUUUUAACUGAGAAUGUAGAUAAAAAAAGAAGUAUUAUAUUUUCUCCUUAUUCUAUAACAUCUAUGUUAGCAAUGAUGUUUAUGGGCGCAAAAGGAGCGACUUCAGGUGAAAUGAAUGAAGUUCUUAAGUUAGAUGACAUGGUUACUUUCAAUCCACAUUUCAUUUUAAAAAAUAUAUCAGAUUCCAUUGAAACUACUUCUGCUUCUGGAGUUGCUGUAUCUGGAUUUAUAAGAGAGCUUUAUAGUGACAGAAGUAGGGGUAAAAUAUUGACAUUUUAUAAAGAAAGAGCACAGCACUUCUAUAAUGGUCAUGUAGAAGAGAUAAAUUUCAAGCUAAUUAGUGACAUUAUAAGGCGAAGAACUAAUUUAUUAGUAAAAAGAUAUACAUGGGGUAAAAUACCAGAAUUUAUGAAAACAAACAGUAUAGUUAUGAAUCCUCCACUUGCAGCAUUUUCGGCAAAUAUAUUUUAUACCGAUUGCAGUGGAUCAUCCGUUGAAGGAAGAGAUGGAGAGAUGUAUUUUGUGGUAUCGCCGAACGUACGGCAGAGACGCCUGGUGCCAGUUCCAGCUGUAGUUUACAAAACUAACUUCUUAGCUGGCUACGACCCUGUUCUAGAUGCCACGGCUGCCGCUCUAGGAAAUACAAAUUCUAUAAUUAGUACUCUCUUCUUAAUGCCUGGUCAACAAGGAAACGUAGUACAUGCUGAAGAUAUAGAAAAUCUUGAAAAACGUUUGUUAAAUUCUGAUCUAAGUACACCUGCUUGGAAUAGAUUAUUAAGAACACUUUUACCUCGCAACGGUUUGGAGCUGCAAAUCCCUAGAUACUCACAUAAAUCUAUUUUCAACGUUUCAUCUACAUUGCGAAAAAUGGGCUUAAAAGAAUUGUUUGAUGCGGACCAUGCCGACUUAGGUGGAAUGAAUGGACCAUCGAAGGAUCUUUACCUGUCUGAUAUGAUACAAUUGACAACUUUUGUUACUUGUGGUGAAGGGGUGAUUGGAGAGCAACAUCAUGUAGAGGAGUAUCCAGAAACAUUAAAUUUAUCACAUAGACGCCGAACUUCCAGGUGGCUCACUGGAUGGGAUGAGCCACGAGACUAUCAACGGGCUUUCCACGAUCCGCAUGACGUAGGUGAAGCUAUGCAUUUGCCACUACAUCUUCGACCUAGACAAGCACGACUUCCAGCUAGAAAUUCACAACCAGCUCGAUUAAAAUUCGACAGACCAUUCCUCUUUUUCGUUCGACACAACCCAUCUGGUAUGAUUCUUUAUGCUGGUAGAUACAAUCCUAGACUUCUACCUUAAAGGCCUUUAAGCCUGAAAAAGACUGCUAGUUUAGUUUAAUUCUCUUAAUUCCUGUAAGGAAAGUGAUGAUGUGUAAUGGUGAGUGUGAUAUAUGUAUGUGUACGAAGUUAUUAAUUGAAUUAAUAUUUAUGUGACAGUAUUACAUUUUUUUUGAUAUAGAGGGAAAUCGAAUAUUGUUAUUUGCAAAUGUUCAUACCUCUGUACUAAUUACAAAUGAAAUGUGUGAAGUUAUAAGACGAUGCAAAUGAAAAAAAAAUGUUUAUUAUAAGUAAAAAAAUAUUAGAAGUAAUGAAGUAGUACAUUUUAAGAACUCAUUUCAUUUCAUUGUCAGUAUAGAUGCACUUUAAGAAUAAAAUAAGAAAUAAAAGUUACGUUUUCUUUAAUCAAUUAUAUAAAGAACUCUCUA